AUGCGGUCGGCUCUUGUGGCCUCGGUCCUCUUUCUGGCUGCCCAUGUGCCCACGACCGCUGCCUAUGACGAAGUUUACAACGGAUGCUACUCGAGCUCAACGCCCUUGGAAGAUCAAGGAUCGUACACAUACCAAAGUAAUGGAUACUGCCAGAAGUUAUGCUUGAAGGACAACUACGCCGUCUUUGCGCUCCACAACAAACAAGACUGUCUCUGUGGAAAUGAACUACCGGCGUCUUCGGACAAAGUAUCGGAUGACGAAUGCAAUCUGUCGUGUGCUGGCUGGCCCUCGGUCAUGUGUGGCGGUGCAAACACGUACUCGGUCUAUCUAACAGGUAUUGAGGAUGACGUGGAUAACUACUCUUCCUCGAGCAGUACUUCCAGCAAGGGCACCGAAGGGACGUCGACUUCGACAACACAGACACCCACAGUCCAUGCUGUCACGAGCGGCGGGCAGACAGUCUAUGUUACCGAAGCUCCUGCCACCCACGCCGCCAAUGCAAGCGCUACCCCAACCGAGAAGUCAAAAAGCUCAAGUGCAAACACUGCUGCGAUUGCGGCAGGUGUGGUCGUCGGGGUGGUCGGCCUCUGUGCGCUCAUCGGUGCUGGGUUCUUUCUCUGGCGUUUCAAGAACCGUAAAUCGGUGGAAGCGCAAUAUCGUCGCAGUGUUGGCGUGGACGGUUACGGACAGCCCAUGGCACAGGGCAGCGACUCCCGAUUCGAUGGUGAUUUUAUGGCUCAGAAACGGCAAAGCAACGGCAGUAUCGACGAUGAUCAAGACUUCUCCCGUCGUAUUCUGCAGGUAACCAACCCCGACCGCCGCUAA